CACACACACACACACACACACACACACAUACACUCUGUUCGUCCUUCUCACAGUCUCUGCCUCAGACACACUCAUGGAUUAUCACCGCCUUCUUCUUCUGCUGCUGUCGACCUGCAGCUUCCUGCCAGAUCUUCAGUUCUGCUUCAACUUUGACACAAAGAACUUCAAGAUCUUCAAGGGUUCCCAAGAAAACCAGUUUGGUUACACAGUCCAGCAGCACGAGGCAGGAGGACGCCAGUGGUUGCUGGUCGGAGCUCCCUUGGAAUCCACAGGGAAGCAGCAGACUGGUGAUGUGUUCAGGUGCCCGCUGGACACCAGAAACUCUGCGAACUGCACCCGCCUGCACCUGGGGAGACUGUCUCUGGACAACGUCUCUGAGAGGAAAGAUGAGAUGAGGCUGGGAAUGACGCUGACCUCCAACCCAAAAGACAACAGCUUUGUGACCUGCGGCCCACUCUGGUCUCAUGAAUGUGGAAGCUCCCUGUACAGCACAGGAAUCUGUUCCAGAGUCAGCCGAAACUUCAGACUGUCCCACACCAUCACACCCGCCCUGCAGAGGUGUGAGACGUUCAUGGACAUCGUGAUUGUUCUGGAUGGUUCCAACUCCAUCUACCCUUGGUACGAGGUCCAGGACUUCCUCAUCAACAUACUGCAUAAGUUCUACAUUGGCCCAGGUCAGACACAGGUGGGUGUGGUUCAGUAUGGCUCCACUGUGGUCCACGAGUUCAGUCUGGGUGAGUACCAGACAGUGGACGAGGUGGUGGAGGCCGCCAGGAGCAUCGACCAGCGGGGUGGCGAGGAGACGAGGACGGCGCUGGGCAUCAACGUGGCGCGGUCAAAGGCGUUCAAGCGCGGCGGCCGGCCGGGCGCUCAGAAGGUGAUGAUCGUGAUCACAGAUGGAGAAUCUCACGACAGUCCGCAGCUGGUGCAGGCCGUCGCCGACAGCGAGAGCGACAACAUCACCAUGUACGCCAUCGCUGUUCUGGGUUAUUACAACCGUCGCGGGAUCAACCCCGAAGCCUUUCUGAAGGAAAUCAAGUUCAUCGCUAGCGACCCGGACGAGAAGCACUUCUUCAACGUGACAGACGAGUCGGCGCUGAAGGACAUCGUGGACGCGCUGGGAGAGCGGAUUUUCUCUCUGGAAGGAACCAGCAGUCAGGGCCGACGGUUUGGUCUGCAGAUGGCUCAGGCUGGGUUCUCCUCACAUUUAGUCAAAGACGGGGUUCUGCUCGGAGCAGUGGGCGCCUACGACUGGAACGGUGCUGUCCUCAAGGAGACCAAACAUGGGAAAGUCGUUCCGCCAAAGUCCUCCUAUGAGGACGAGUUUCCAGAGGAGCUGAAGAACCAUGCAGCCUACCUGGGUUACUCGGUGGGCUCACUCAUUUCAUCUCGAGGCUCUCAGCUCUACGUGGCAGGAGCUCCGAGGUUCAACCACACCGGCAAGGUGAUCGUCUUCACCCUGAAGAACAGUGGAAACCUGACCAUCCUUCAGGCACUGCUGGGAGAGCAGAUCGGUUCAUAUUUCGGCAGUGAGUUGUUAUCGAUGGACGUAGAUGGCGAUGGACAAACGGAUGUCCUCCUGGUGGCAGCACCCAUGUUUUACAGCCAGGGCUGGGAGAGAGGGAGGGUUUACAUCUACACUGUCACUCCACAGACGUCAUUCAUCCUGCAGGGGGCGCUGGAGGGUUCUGACCACUCUCAGAACUCCCGGCUGGGUUCUGCGUUGGCCCAGAUACCUGACAUGAACGGGGAUGGGUUCAGGGAGUUGGUGGUGGGAGCACCGCUGGAGGACAACCACCAGGGGGCGGUCUACGUAUUCUAUGGCCAGGCCAAAACCAUUCAGCACCAGUACAGACAGCGUCUGUCUGCAGCCGGUUUUUCUGCUGGUCUGCAGUAUUUUGGUCAAAGUCUUCAUGGCGUUUUGGAUGUCAACGGAGACGGGCUCGUUGACCUCGCAGUAGGAGCACUGGGAGCUGCUGUCAUCAUCUGGUCUCGAGGUGUGGUGCGGAUUCAGGCCAGGCUGACCUUUGAACCUGAGAAGGUCAACAUCUUUAACAAAGACUGUCGGCGAGGAGGGAAGGAGGUCACCUGCAUGUCUGUCACCGUCUGUCUGAGUCUGGACUCCAGGACGAAGAUGAGGACGAAGACCACAAUGGAUGUGGCUGUUUGGUACAGCCUGCUGUUGGACGACAGGCGUUUUCCUGCUCGAGCUCUUCUGGACGAAUCGGACCGACAGCAGCCCAGGAGUUUGCUUCUGCAGGCAGGACGUCCGAGCUGCCAGCGUCUCAGCUUCUCCGUUCAGGAGACGACUGACUACGGACGGCCCAUCUCGGUUGUCCUGGAGACGGGGCUGCAGAGCCCAGACGAGGGGCCGGUGUUGGACCCGGACUGGCCGAGCAUCCUGAGGGCCGAGCUUCCCUUCUGGAACGGCUGUGAGCAGGAAGAUACGUGCGUUCCCGACCUCAUCCUUCACAGUCACACCGACCUCUUGGAUGUUCAGCAGUUCUGCAGCUCGCAGGCCGCUUGGUCACUCUGCAGCCACCGGGGGGAGACAGAGGGCUCCUUGUACGUGGUGGAGAGCGGGCGGAGGAGGAUGGUGGUGUUCGCCCGACUGGAGAAUCAGGGAGAAAAUGCUUACGGAGUCGCCAUCCACAUCUCCACCUCCCCCAACCUCUUCUUCUCCAGCCUCAUAGUCAAGGACCAAUCAGAUAUUCAGCUGGAGUGUUACUCUGAGGACAGACUGGCCAAUCAGAAGAGCUGUAACAUCAGCGCACCUUUCAUGAAGUCCUUGUCGCAGGUAUCUUUCUGUCUGGAGCUCGAGUUCAACCCUUCUGUCUUCCUGGACCAUGUACGGGUUGUCAUGGCGACCAGCAGCGAGGGAGAGGAGGGAUACCCAGACGACAACAUCAAUGACAUCUUCCUUCCUGUGAGGUACCAGACUGACCUCCUGUUCACCAGAGACGCCAACUCUCCUCGUUUUGAGAUCAGAGCAGACAGCUCGUCUUCCUCCUCCUCUUCAUCCUGGGAACCAGACAGCAGCUCUGCCACCUUCAACCUCACUUAUUAUAUCCGGAACUUGGGCUUCUUCUCAGUGCAGGAUGUGGCGUUCAGGGCCGACGUCUGGGCGGUGACCCCACAGGGGAACCAGCUGCUGAACAUCACAGACUACAGCAUCGAGCGGGGAGCAGCGUCUCACUGCCUGCUGCCUCAACCCACAACAACCAGUCGGGUUACAGCCGAGGACCUGUCUCACCUGCCACAGCUGAACGGCAGUAACAGCCUGAGUGUGGUGGUCGAGUGCAGGCUCAACCUGCCGGCCUCCAGCGAGACGAAGGUGACGCUCAGAGGAAGACUUCAGCUCCCCACUCUGCUCGCUGUGAGCUUCAGGUCCUUGGAGCUGCUGACUGCUGCCUCCCUCCAGCUGGAAGCAACCAGCCUCAUGUUUCUCCAGGAGGACACACCUGUCAGACAGAUAAUCCUGGAGUUCAGGAAGGAUGAGGACCACAUCAUCCCAGUCUGGAUUAUACUGGGAAGCUCACUGGGAGGCCUGCUGCUACUGGCCUUACUGGUCCUGGCUUUAUGGAAGCUCGGCUUCUUCAACAGACGGAGGCGACAGGAAGAGGAGGAGCAGCCUGUAGCCAAUGGGAAGGCAGCAGAGGAGCUAUAAUGUGUGGGCAACGACAUGCUGCAUUCGGGUGCUCCUCAUCAGCUUGGGAAGUCAAAAAAUGACUUCUGUCUCGUGUGAAGUGGAGCAGCUAAACAGCAGUGCGAGGCGGCAGUAAUGGAAGUCAGACACAAAGUGUGUGUUUGCUGUUGUCAGCCUGGACCUGCGGUUCAUCAGGUACCUGUGGAACCCCUAACAGCCACUCACAUUUAACUGUUAACUGUGUUAAAGUGUUUCCUGCUUUACGACAUGAUGAGGAUCACCUGAAUGCAUCACAAGCCUCCACCUGUCACUCAGGGACCCUGAUGCCCCGCCCCUCAGACUAAUCAGUUAAUUAGUUGCGCUGGUGAGGGGUGGAGCUUUGAGCUGGUUGGUGGGUGUGUCAGAGGAGCCACCCAAUCAGCAGCAACAUGGAUGUAAUAUUAAAAUGAAGUGUAGUCCAACAGGCUGUUCAACGCACCACCGUGUCUGUUCAAAUAAAUACUUUGCAACAUUUUACAUUGUGGUA